GCAAUCAAACAUCGAAGAUAAUCUAACUGGUGUUAGUUCCUACAAGGAUUUACUUUUCACUAUUAUUAUAAACCAUUGAAAAUCUAGAAGAGGCAAAACUGAAAACUAAACUUACAAGAUGUCAGCAGCUGGAUCAGCAGUUGCUAUGAUUGGAGCGAACCUCCGGUUCGGUUCGUCGGGCGCAAACAAUGCAUCGAUACUAAACAAUACCCGGCACUGCCCGCCAGGGGGCGCGGCGAGUGCUGCGGCACUUCUGGCAUUAUCCAGUCUUGGCAUGUCAGCGAACAUUGCUCUCAUGACUGUCAUACUUAGUAAAAAACAAUUGAGAAGAUGGUCACAUGGACUCCUUUUUCACCAAGCGGUCGUGGAUUGUGCGCGCGCCGCUAUCCUCCUACCUCUAGGCAUUGCCGUGUUUCGUUGCCAACCCGUCUAUAAAUGUUCACUAGUAGAAACAGCUUUCUUAUUACUUGUCACUGUAUCUACAGUUAAUAUGCUAACUACCGUAUUAAAUGAUAGCCCCAUAUUUCCUGAAAACGAAGAAGAGCAAGCCGACUUAUCAGCUCCCUUACUUAUGGAUAGCCCACAAUGUGUACUUUUUGGAACAUUUAUGAUAUGGUUUGCAUCAAUCACUAUAAAUCUAGGACCAACGUUCUUGUCCGGUGCUUUAGCAGCAAGCGCCGGCUCCUACGGUUCUUAUGGACCUUCCCCAUCAUGUCCAUUAGUACGAGGACCUUUCCGGCAUUACGUACUCAACGCUCUUUGGAUCGGUGUCAACGCUGUUUGUGUUGGUCUUACUUUAUUCCAUUUGAGAAAACUUCACCGCGAUCUUACGAAGGCUAACGUAGAAGCAGUACGGGUAGCUGGUUUAGUGACCACGCUUGUCAGCAUGGCUGGCGACAACAGGCGCAUGGAUUCGCUGCCCAACAGCGUCGGACCGCGAACUGUAGAUGGCGCUUUAGCUGAUGGCCAAUGUAUGGGCAGUGCCAGUUUACCUCUUGGCGGCGGCCGGCGUCUGCGAGGAUAUCUCGCUAGAGUGGAGAGGGAGGGCGUGAGGCGCGUGCGAAUGUUCCUCGUCAUCACCGCCGCUUACGUUCUCUUCUGGGGCCCCCUGUUCAUUAUAACUCUUCUUCACCAUCCGGCUCUGACUUCACAUGUCGCUUAUGAAAUGUAUUUCCAAAUAACGCUGCACAUUUCAUACGUGCACGCUGCGGUGAACCCCUUGCUGUUUAUGGCGCUGCACCGUGCGUUGCGCCGCGCCGCUCUCCAGCUCUGCUGCGGCUGCUGCGUGCACUGGAGUCAAUUCGUGCUUGCUCUAACAGCUGCAGCUCAAUCACCGCUCGCUCCCUCGUCGUUUUCUCCCGCGGCGGCGUCCCCCGAGCCCCCGCCGGCGCCUCCUCCGCCGCUGGUGCCUCCCGCGCCCCCCGCGACGCACGCCGCGACCGUAGCGCCACACACGAUGAUGAGUUGGGAACUUGUGGAGUAUGAUGGUGAGAGUAUGUCGAGUGCGCGUGUGCAGGGAGACGAGGAUAUGAUGGAGUGGAGUGGCAGCUUACGGCGCCAGGCGCGCUCCCCGCGCUCCCCGCGCUCCUCGCGCUCGCCCAGCCCGUUGCUGCCCGUCAUCUGA